CAAGAAAACUCGUCUCCCACGGCCGAGUGCCUGCACAAUCACAAGUCAAAACCGAAGCACGCACCUCUCUUCUACGACCGUCUCACAACCCACCUUCUCUCCCUCACUCUUCACCGCCGCCACCAUUGUUGCUUGAGCUGCAAGCGCUGGGGAGGCCAGCUUUUACGCAUCAAAUGGCAUUAGACAUCAUAUAGCUGCUGAAAAGAAAAACAAGAACCACUCUUCCUAGCUCAACACCAUCGCUACAGCUCUUCUUGCUUCGAUGGGGCAUGUCUUGAUCCAAAGCGCCACCAGAUGGCCAAGCUGCUUCCUCCUAUGGCUGUCCGUGCAGCUUCUCUUCCUGUCUCCCGUCUACCCACUCAACCAAAGCUCCUGCAGCCCCGGUGAUUACCGUGCGCUGGAAGGCUUCUUGCAAGGUCUCACCGGAGGCAUCAGCAGCUGGACGCUCUCAAACACGUCCUCGGAAGUGGCUAACUGCUGCGCGUGGUUGGGUGUGGCAUGCGACUCCGGUGGCAGGGUCAUCGGGCUGGACCUCCACGGCAGGAAACUGAAGGGCGAGCUGGCGCUCUCGCUCACACAGCUGGACCAUCUCCAGUGGCUCAACCUCUCCAACAACAACCUCCACGGUGCCAUCCCGGCCCCCCUUGUUCAGCUCCACAGGCUGCAGCGGCUCGACGUCAGCGACAAUGAGCUCUCUGGAGCAUUCCCAGUCAACAUGUCGCUCCCGAUGAUUGAGGUCUUCAACAUAUCCUUCAACACGUUCAGCGGCACCCAUCCCACGCUCCAUGGUUCACCGCAGCUCACGGUGUUCGACGCAGGGUUCAAUAUGUUUACUGGAAGAAUUGAUUCAAGCAUCUGUGAGUCGUCCGCAGUGAUCCGUGUGAUCCGGUUCAUGUCGAAUCUCUUUGCGGGGGAAUUUCCAGCUGGCUUUGGAAACUGCACGAAGCUCGAGGAGCUAUAUGUGGAGCUCAACAGCAUCUCCGGGAGCUUGCCAGACGACCUAUUCAAGCUGCAACUUCUGAAGAACUUGUCUCUGCAGGAGAAUCAGCUCACUGAUAGGAUGAGCCCAUGGUUUGGCAAUAUGUCCAGCCUUGCUCAACUGGACAUUUCUUUCAACUCGCUCUCUGGACACCUUCCAAAUAUUUUUGGUAGGCUUGGCAAGUUAGAGUACUUCUCUGCGCAAUCCAACUCCUUCAAGGGCCCAUUGCCUUCCUCACUGUCUCGGUCACCAUCAUUGAAGAUGUUGUACUUGAGGAACAAUUCACUCGGUGGAAAGAUCAAUUUCAAUUGCUCGGAGAUGACACAGCUGAUCUCACUUGACCUUGGGGCAAACAAGUUCACUGGCACAAUUGAUAGCUUGUCAGAGUGCCAACAUCUCAGAAGCCUAAAUCUUGGCACAAACAACCUCAGUGGCGAGAUCCCAGCUGAUUUCAGAAAGCUUCAGUUUUUGUCCUACAUCUCACUUUCGAACAAUAGCUUCACAAAUGUUUCCUCGGCAUUAUCUGUGCUUCAAGACUGUCGAAGUCUAACAAGCCUUGUGUUGACAAAGAACUUCCGUGAUAGGAAGGCCUUGCCGAUGACUGGAAUAAAUGGCUUCCGUAACAUCCAAGUGUUUGUCAUUGCUAAUAGCCAUCUUUCAGGAGAAAUACCACCAUGGCUCGCUAAAUUCACGGAUUUGAAGGUGCUAGAUUUAUCAUGGAAUCAACUGUCUGGGAAUAUUCCUGCAUGGAUUGGUGAUCUUGAGUUUCUGUUCUAUGUGGAUCUUUCUAACAAUUCACUUAUUGGAGAAAUACCGGACAGUUUGUCGAGCAUGAAGGGCCUUGUUACAUACAACAGCUCACAGCAAUCCACGGAGACUGAUUAUUUUCCUUUCUUCAUUAAAAAGAACAAGACAGGCAAAGGGUUGCAGUACAAUCAGGUUAGCAGCUUCCCGCCCUCUCUAGUUCUCAGCCAUAACAAGCUCACUGGUCACAUAUUGCCGGGCUUUGGAAACCUCAAGAACCUGCAUGUCUUGGACCUCAGUAACAACAAUAUUUCUGGUAUCAUUCCUGAUGAGCUAUCAGGCAUGGCUAGUUUGGAAUCCUUGGACUUGUCGCAUAACAAUCUUACUGGAAGCAUACCCUCUUCAUUAACGAUGCUGAAUUUUCUAUCAAGCUUCAGUGUGGCAUACAAUAAUCUGAUGGGCACAAUUCCGUCAAGAGGCCAAUUCUCAACAUUUACAAGUUCUGAUUACGAGGGGAACCCCAAUCUCUGUGGCAUCCGCUUUGGCUUAUCUCAAUGCAAUUCCAGCCAUGCUCCCAUAAUGUCUGCAACUGGAAAUGGAAAGAACAAGGGUCUCAUGUUAGGAAUAGUAAUUGGUACUGCACUUGGAGCAGCAUUGGUUUUGUCUGUUGCUGUUGUACUUGUGUUCAGGAGAAGCUUCAGAAGGCAUGAUCAUACAGUAAAGGCUGUUGCAGAUACAAAUGGAGCCCUGGAGUUGGCACCAGCCUCACUGGUACUUCUGUUUCAGAACAAGGAUGAUGACAAGGCAUUGACUAUCAGUGAUAUCUUGAAAUCUACAAACAACUUUGAUCAGGCUAAAAUCAUUGGUUGUGGUGGCUUUGGUCUAGUGUACAAGGGAACACUACCAGAUGGAGCAAAAAUUGCCAUCAAAAGACUAUCGGGUGAUUUUGGCCAGAUGGAACGGGAGUUCAAAGCAGAGGUGGAGACUUUAUCAAAAGCUAGGCAUCCUAAUCUUGUGCUUCUACAAGGUUACUGCAGGAAUGGCAGUGACAGGCUCCUGAUCUACUCUUACAUGGAGAAUGGCAGCCUAGACCAUUGGCUUCAUGAAAAGCCUGAUGGCCCAUCUAGAUUAACCUGGCAAAGAAGGCUUCAGAUAGCCAAAGGAGCAGCACGAGGUUUGGCAUAUCUGCACUUGUUGUGCGAACCCCAUAUACUACACCGUGAUAUCAAGUCAAGCAACAUUCUUCUGGAUGAGAAUUUUGAAGCUCAGUUGGCUGAUUUUGGGCUUGCUCGGCUAAUUUGUCCCUAUGAUACUCAUGUGACAACUGACCUAGUAGGCACACUAGGUUACAUCCCCCCAGAGUAUGGCCACUGUUCAAUAGCCACUUUUAAAGGUGACGUGUAUAGUUUUGGCAUUGUUCUUCUGGAGUUAUUAACAGGAAAAAGGCCUGUUGAUAUGUGCAAGCGGAAGGGAGCUAGGGAAUUGGUCUCAUGGGUCGUACACAUGAAAGAAGAACACCGUGAAGCAGAAGUACUGGACCGUGCAAUGUAUGACAAGAAAUUUGAGAUUCAAAUGAUGAAGAUGAUUGAUAUCGCAUGUUUGUGCAUCAGUGACUCACCUAAACUGAGACCAUUAACCCAUGAAUUAGUUCUAUGGCUUGACAACAUUUGUGAUAGCAGUGAAGCAACAAAGUGAAGUAAAGUUCAAUAACAGUGACCUUCGCCGAAAUACUUGUACUCAGUUUUUCCGUCCAAUAAUUUUAUCACAGUGCACGAUGUAAGAUAAUGAAGGAUCGCAUACAAAAUAAGACACGCUUCAAGGGAGUCUAACUUGCUAUUCAGUAACAGCAAAAGCUCUGUUACGCUGUAUGUAAAUGAGAUUUUUGUGAUAGCUGAAGCAAAUGUUAUCUGCUUCUUUUUA